GGAACGCGAGCUGCUGGAGCAGUGCAGCCAAGUCGCUACCUUGGUGGAGUGUUUCGCGUGGUUGCAACGAUGUGAGGAGUGCAUCGAACAACUCGAGGAAGUUAGCCGUGUUAAGCGUUCUCGACUCACCGUUGCAAAUAGACAAUCUGCGGUGGCGAGGAUCGCGCUACUCGCGGGUGCAAAAGUACAACUAGAAAAACGUUCGUGCACGUUGGUGGUGAGUACGCGAGUAGAGACACUGGAUUUCUCAUUUGGCGAGAAAUCGAUACGGCGUUUGAAAACCGUAUAUUGACUGGUGCGGUGAUCAAUGUGGACUAUAUCGAGCCGCGACAAUUUUUAGAAGACGCUGAUGGUGUAGUGCUCGAGCGAGUGCGAGAUAUUCUACAAAGACACGAUAGUAUGAAAGUAAGCACUGCAUUUAACGGCGAGUUUGUGACGAGCGAUAGACGCGCGAACAAAAGUAUAAACACUAAAAAUAGUGAACUCUUUCGAGUGUCAAAUUUGGACGAGUAGUACGAGCAGUACGUUAUCGAACCCACGUUGGCGUCGCUCGAAGAAUUCCAAGAACGCGACAGUGGAUGGGCAUUGUCGCGAAUUCUAAAUUUGACUGUAAACGUGAAUAAAUAUAAUUCAAUGCACGCGGAAUGUUACAUCGAAUUACCGCGGGAAAUUAUGUUAAAGCGAGCGGUGAUCAAUGUACGAUCCAAGGACAAUGCGUGUUUCGCGUGGUCGGUGAUCGCGGCUCUGCAUCCGGCUGAAAGAAAUACAAAUCGGGAAUUGUCGUACCCGCAUUAUACGACAGUGUUAAAUUUGCAAGACAUUACGUUUCCGAUGACGUUGAACCAAAUUAAGAAGUUCGAACAUCUCAACGACAUCUCAAUCAACGUCUACGGUAUCAAGGAGAAGGAGAUUCUCCCGAUACGGCUGACAUCAAGGAAAAUGGAGAAGCACGCAAAUCUAUUGUACGUGCAGGAUCCGCGCGAUGCGGAGCACUUUGCGUACAUCAAAGAUCUGUCCCGUCUUGUGAGCUCGCAACUGAAUAAAUACGGACAUAAGAAAUACUUUUGCGACCGGUAUGUAUUUUAACAAAUUUUAUUAUUUCUCUUAUAAAAUUCUCUUAUAAAAUUGUUUAUUAAAAAAAUCAUAUUUUCCGUUUGCAAAUGCCUACAUUACUUCAGUUUGUCUGAAAGAUUGCAGUCACAUACAACGGACUGCGAAAAGAUGAACGAUUGCGCCAUCCGACUGCCGAGCGAGGACGACAAGUGACUCGAAUUCAAGAACCACACGAAUAAGGAACGACUUCCAUUCGUUUACGCGGACUUGGAGUGCGUAUUACGGCGAACGGAAUCGGCAGAGAGGGAAGACGCAUCGUACACUUACCAGCAGCACGAGGUAUUUAGCAUUGGACUACGUGCGAUGCUCGUACGACGACGCGUUAUCGGUAUUUCUAUUUCGUUGCGGCGAAGACUGCGUUGCGUGGUUCGUUCGGCAACUCGAAGAUUUGGCGCAUCAAGUAAAAAUUCUGUUAUCUACGAAUGUCCCCAUGGAAACGUUGUCGAGAGAGCAGUGGGAGGCAUAUCGUAGCGCGACGCGUUGUCACAUUUGCGAGAAACCAUUUGCGUCGGACGACACGCGGGUACGCGAUCAUUGCCAUUUUACCGGUCCCGUUACCGUGGUCCCGCGCACUCAAAUUGUAAUCUAAAUUAUAAAGAUUCAUAUUGCAUUCCUAUAAUAUUU